AAAUACCUACCUACUUAUCUGUAUACUGUAUAGUAAAUAAUAACAUGGUAAAUAGCAAUAUAAUGUCCAUUAUUAAAUAUUUUCGGAGCAUUACAAUAAAAAUUUACGAUUAAGUAUUUUAUUUUAAGAAAAUAUACCAAGUUUUGAAUAUAGUCGAAACAAAAUAAGUGGUAAAUAAUGGCACUAUACGAAGGAAUCGCACUGAUACAAGAAAAACAAGCUGUAGUUUUAGAUCUGGGAACCGAUUAUACCAAGUUUGGGUUCACGAGUGAAGCAGCCCCUCGCUGUAUAAUUCCAUCCCAGUACUGGUGUCCAUCAGAGAGACGACACAAGCGGGUGCACGACUACAGCAGCACGGAGGAGCUGUAUGACAACCUGGUGCACAUGCUGCAUCUGCUAUAUUUCAGACAUGCCCUGGUGAAUCCUAAAGAACGCAAGGUGGUGGUUGUGGAGUCCCUGCUCACCACCACACAGUUCCGAGAAACACUCGCUAAAGUACUCUACGUGCACUACGAGGUGUCGGGGGUGACGUGGUGGGACAGCGCCAGGCUCGUCGCCAUAACUCUGGGAGCCCCCAUCGUGCUGGUGGUGGACAUCGGAGCCGUCAACGUCGAGGUGGUCCCUGUGGUGCACGGCCUGGUGGUGCUGCAUGCCAUGGAGUCAGAGCCGCUCGGGACGAGCGCCGUGCACCGCGAGCUGGCACGCCUGCUGCAGGAGGAGCACGGACCGGAACUGGUGCUGGAGCCAGCUGAGCUCGAGGACAUCACAGUGCGAGCGUGCUUCGUGCCGUCGCGCACGUUGGCCGAGCGGUUGAGCGGCGGGCGGGAGACGGUGCGAGAUGUGAUGUACCCGCGGGCAGCGGGGGCGCUGCGCGUCAGUGGGGAAGUACGAGCCGCCGUCGCCAACGUGCUGUGGGAGCGCGACCACGAGCAGUGCUCUUUGCCCGACCUGGUGCUGCGCGCGCUACGCCGGAGCCCCGUGGACGUGCGACGCGCGCUGGCUGCAAGCGUGUGCGUGGUGGGGGGCGGUGCCUCUUUGCCCGGACUGCGCGCGCGACUGUCGCAGGAGCUAACCCACCUACUGACCCAGCCACCUUACAAGGACAGCUUAAACAUUGAAGAGAUGCGGUUCCACGUGCUGGCGUGUCCGGGCAACAUCGCGGCGUGGACGGGCGGCAGUGUGGCGGGCGCGGCCGACGGAGGCGGGCGCGCGCUCUCCCGCGAGAUGUACCUACGCGACCGGCGGCUAAGGGACUGGCCCUGCCUGCUGCACAACACGCCGCCCGAGCACCCGCACUGGGGCUAGUGUCACGUGGCGCUCCUCCCCGGGACUGGCCCUGCCUGCUGCACAACACGCCGCCCGAGCACCCGCACUGGGGCUAGUGUCACGUGGCGCUCCUCCCCGGGACUGGCCCUGCCUGCUGCACAACACGCCGCCCGAGCACCCGCACUGGGGCUAGUGUCACGUGGCGCUCCUCCCCGGGACUGGCCCUGCCUGCUGCACAACACGCCGCCCGAGCACCCGCACUGGGGCUAGUGUCACGUGGCGCUCCUCCCCGGGACUGGCCCUGCCUGCUGCACAACACGCCGCCCGAGCACCCGCACUGGGGCUAGUGUCACGUGGCGCUCCUCCCCGGGACUGGCCCUGCCUGCUGCACAACACGCCGCCCGAGCACCCGCACUGGGGCUAGUGUCACGUGGCGCUCCUCCCCGGGACUGGCCCUGCCUGCUGCACAACACGCCGCCCGAGCACCCGCACUGGGGCUAGUGUCACGUGGCGCUCCUCCCCGGGACUGGCCCUGCCUGCUGCACAACACGCCGCCCGAGCACCCGCACUGGGGCUAGUGUCACGUGGCGCUCCUCCCCGGGACUGGCCCUGCCUGCUGCACAACACGCCGCCCGAGCACCCGCACUGGGGCUAGUGUCACGUGGCGCUCCUCCCCGGGACUGGCCCUGCCUGCUGCACAACACGCCGCCCGAGCACCCGCACUGGGGCUAGUGUCACGUGGCGCUCCUCCCCGGGACUGGCCCUGCCUGCUGCACAACACGCCGCCCGAGCACCCGCACUGGGGCUAGUGUCACGUGGCGCUCCUCCCCGGGACUGGCCCUGCCUGCUGCACAACACGCCGCCCGAGCACCCGCACUGGGGCUAGUGUCACGUGGCGCUCCUCCCCGGGACUGGCCCUGCCUGCUGCACAACACGCCGCCCGAGCACCCGCACUGGGGCUAGUGUCACGUGGCGCUCCUCCCCGGGACUGGCCCUGCCUGCUGCACAACACGCCGCCCGAGCACCCGCACUGGGGCUAGUGUCACGUGGCGCUCCUCCCCGGGACUGGCCCUGCCUGCUGCACAACACGCCGCCCGAGCACCCGCACUGGGGCUAGUGUCACGUGGCGCUCCUCCCCGGGACUGGCCCUGCCUGCUGCACAACACGCCGCCCGAGCACCCGCACUGGGGCUAGUGUCACGUGGCGCUCCUCCCCGGGACUGGCCCUGCCUGCUGCACAACACGCCGCCCGAGCACCCGCACUGGGGCUAGUGUCACGUGGCGCUCCUCCCCGGGACUGGCCCUGCCUGCUGCACAACACGCCGCCCGAGCACCCGCACUGGGGCUAGUGCUCACUACAUUCAAUAUAAGUUAUUAAUUAUUUACUUAUUGUAAUAAAACCGUACAAAAACUGUGAUUAAUGGUCUUUUGCACAUUAUAUAUAAUCAACUAUCUGUAUAAAGAUCAACUUAAUCAAACAUUACUUAUAACCGUGGUGCUGAUAUUAUAAUAAAUACGUAAUUAUCGUU